AUGGAACAGUACGCAUACUCAGUGGCUUCCCCAGGGGUUUCAGAGCAAUGGCCGACUAGGGAUAUUGUCUUCAUGUCGAUUAUGGGCCCGUUAAUGGCAGCGGCCUUCUUUGAGUGGUUCCUAUCGCUUGGUGCGUUCAUUUACUGCCUGUUCAAGGUAUACCAGAAGGCCGACCAUUGGUCAAUUAGGGCUAUGGCGGUGGUGAUGUUGAUUUUGUUCACCGUGCUUCGACUUAUUUUCCUUCCGAUAAUGAUCAUGACUCUGCCGCUGCCACCCCAGAUCACAAAAUACUUUCCACCAAACUUGGUGUGGUUUCUGCAGUGGUUCGCUUUCUGGGCUUUCUCGAUACUGCUCAUAGGACCAUGGCUCUUUUGCAUUUACAGACUUGUCACUGGCUCGUUGGGAAGAACGAAGAGAAUCAAGGAAGUGCUCGAUGAUCGGACCGCCCCGAAGACCGUGGUCGUGAUACCCGUGUACAAGGAGGGACCUGAAGUCCUCAUCAAGGCCAUCAAUUCCGUAGUCAACUCUGAUUACCCGUCCGCUUGCAUUCAUGUUUUUCUUUCAUACGACGGCGCCGCAGUUGACGAAUCUUACUUGCGAGUCAUUCACUUUCUUGGAAUCCCUGUUGCGAUGAAAAUCUACCCUGACAGUAUCGAUAUCAUUUACAAAGGAAUUCGGAUCACAGUCUCUCGUUUCAAACACGGUGGAAAACGACAUUGCCAGAAGCAAACUUUUAAACUCAUUGACAAGGUCUAUAAGCAGUAUUUGAAACGACACGAUGAUCUUUUUCUCUUAUUUAUUGACUCUGAUUGUAUCCUGGACCGGUAUUGUCUGCAGAAUUUCAUGUAUGACAUGGAGCUCAAACCUGGUAGUAAGCGUGAUAUGCUUGCCAUGACUGGUAUCAUUACCUCCACCACAAGCAAUAAUUCCAUCCUCACGAUACUUCAAGACAUGGAAUACAUCCACGGUCAGCUUUUCGAACGCUCGGUUGAGUCUAGUUGUGGAGCUGUGACCUGUCUACCCGGAGCACUGACAAUCCUAAGAUUCUCGGCCUUUCGCAAGAUGGCCAAGUAUUACUUCGCAGAUAAGGCUGAGCUGUGUGAUGAUCUGUUUGACUUCGGAAAGUGUCACCUUGGAGAGGAUCGCUGGUUGACGCAUCUCUUCAUGAUCGGCGCAAAGCAACCAUACCAGAUUCAGAUGUGUACAGGUGCCUUUUGCAAGACGGAAGCCGUUCAAACUUUUAGUAGUCUGCUGAAACAACGACGUCGCUGGUUUCUGGGCUUCAUCACUAAUGAAGUGUGCAUGAUUACUGACGUUCGACUUUGGAGGCGUUAUCCACUGCUUUGUCUAGUCCGUUUCAUGCAGAACACCGUUAGAACGACUGCACUCCUAUUCUUCAUGAUGGCGCUUUCUCUGAUGACAACCUCGAAGAGAGUGACUGAUAUCCCAGUCGGUUUCAUCGGUAUCUCUUUCGGUCUCAACUUCUGUCUGAUGUUCUACUUCGGCCUUUGCCUGAAACGAUACAAAGCUUGGCUUUAUCCAUUGAUGUUCAUCUUCAAUCCAUUUUUCAACUGGAUCUAUAUGAUGUACGGGAUUUUCACCGCGGGGCAGCGGACUUGGGGUGGGCCUCGAGCUGAUGCAGCAGCCGCAGACUCCCAUACCACUCCCGGGGAAGCUAUUGCAAUUGCAAUAAAUCAAGGCGAUGAAUUGAACGUGGAUGUGGACACAUUCCGUACAAGUCUGGUGCGCCGACCAUCCGUGCCGGUUCGCCCUUCAAAUCAUAUCGAUGGGCGAUUUGCACCCGCUAAGCAGAUCCUUGAUGGAUUCUAUGUUGACAGUAACAGCAAUAGCGUGCUCACACCACUGCACACACCACUGCCUAGUGUCCAUCGAUUGAACAUCCCAGAUCAGUUUAGUAAUUCGGUAGACUCUCUUGCUAGCGGCUCUUCAGACGCUUUCUCCAUGUCAAUCUUCAUGCAGACCCCUAACGUGGAACGUCUGAUGAACUUGGAAGACCAACGGAAGUUGCAUUGUGCCCGCCAAUCUCUCGUGUCGGAAAAUAUGCCAGUCACCGCCAAUACGGAGGAUGAGGCAGGUCCCACCUGUGACGAAAUCUGGUCUUCUGCAGACGAUCCUUUCCUGGUUGUUCAAGGAACAGCCCAUACCCCGGCUGUGACAGUCCAUGGUGAUUUAAGCGAUUCUACUUCCGAACAUCAAGAGAGCCUGUUCCAGCGCAUUCAUCACAAUGGUCCGUAUGAGAUGGUCUAA